AUGGCAAACUUCACUACUACAGAAGAUGACUGCUGUGCCUUUGAGUCUCCCAUCCUGGACCAUGUCCUGCCUCCCAUCCUGGUGCUGGAGUUCAUGUUUGGGCUGAUGGGGAAUGUUGUGGCUCUGUGGAUGUUUAUUUUCCACAUGGACACCUGGAAGCCCAACUCUGUCUACCUCACACAGCUGGCCGUUGCCGACUCCAUUGUCCUGUUCUGUCUACCAUUCAGAGCCGACUACUACCGACGCGGCAAGCACUGGAUCCAUGGUGAUGCCAUGUGCCGGAUUAUGCUGUUCAUGUUGACGGCCAACCGCGGCGCUGGCAUCUUCUUCCUCACUGCAGUGGCUGUCGACCGUUACCUCAAGAUCGUUCACCCCAUGAACAAGAUCAACCGGAUGGGCCUGAAUUAUGCUCUGUGGGUGUCUCUGGGCCUGUGGGGGAUGAUCAUCGCUGCAACUGGGUACCUGCUGACCAACAAACACUUAUUCUACCGCAACAACCAGACACAGUGCGAGAGCUUCAACAUCUGCAUGGGCUUCAGCCCGCUGUCUACGUGGCACAACACCUUAUACGUGACCCAGUUCUUCUUGCCCACUGCCAUUGUCACCUUCUGCACAGUCUGCAUCACCUGGCAGCUGAAGAACAAGACGAUCGACACCGGGGGGAAGAUCAAACGUGCGGUGCAGUUUGUCAAGGCCGUGACACUCAUCUUCAUAAUUUGCUUCUUCCCCAGUACAGUGUCUCGGAUCGCUGUGUGGAUCCUCAAGGCCUGGUACAACGAGUGCCAUUAUUUCAAAGAGGCCAGUUUGGCGUUCUACACCUCUGUGUGUUUCACCUACUUCAACAGCGUGCUGAACCCCAUCGUGUACUACUUCUCCAGCUCUGCCUUCAGUGGGAACUUCCAGAAGCUGUUCAACAGACUGCUGGGGAGGAAAGAGGAGGAGGUACCGCCAGCCUCACCUGAGACUGGGACAAAGAUCAGCAGUGCAAAUACAGUGUCAGGGAGGAGUAGUGACUUCCAAUCACAGGUCCAGGGUGAGGGCCUGUACUUGCAAAGCGUCUCAGACUUAUUCAUUGUGAUGUAAAAUACAAAACUGAUCCUAGAUCAGCAGUCCUAGGCUUACUCUGAGACGCUUUUAUGAAAAGGUACCCAGGAGAACAAAAUAUCUGACUUUGUGU